AUGUCUAAAAAAAAUAAUAGUAACAGUAAUUCAGACAAGAAGUUCAAUUUCAAAGAAGUUACAAUUACUUUUUCACCAAUAACAGCCUUAUCUUUUAUAUUACUGAUUCUAUCAGCUUUAUACAGUUAUGAUAAAUCUUAUAGGGGUCAAGAAAUCUGUGAACUUGUUAGUCCAAUCAAACAGGAUGAUAAAUAUCAAUGGUUUUCUGCUCCCGAGUAUUCAGCCUCCACCGGAAAUUAUAAAUAUUUAGACAAUGGAGCAUUUGUUUAUCGACAUAUUUUCAUGGAUGAAUUCCAAGAAGAGUUCAACGUCAAACCAAUUAAUUUUCCAGUUAAACAUAAUCUUGAAUUUCGUUUGAAAAAUGAUACAUCGUUAAAUGCAAAUUUAGUUCAAUUAAUAUUAAGAGAAUCGGAAAGACAUGGACCAGCCCUUACACAAUUGAAACAAAAAGUAGAAGAAGGUGCUUAUAUUGAUGAUGGAAGAGUUUAUAUUCGUUGGGUAAAUGAUAUUGUAAGAUACGGAAUGUUUGCUGGUAAAGAUUUCAAACCAGGAGAAGUUUUUGGAAUUUACACCGGUAAAAAUAUUAUUUAUUGA